AUCAUUCUGAUGUAUCCGGCGAGGGAUCUGGAUCGACGCUAGUUCACUCUCCAAUCUGCAAAAAUGCCUCUCAGACUCGAAAUCAAGAGGAAGCUUGCGCAAAGAUCAGAAAGAGUAGAAUCUGUGGAUCUACAUCCGACAGAACCAUGGAUUCUUGCAAGUUUAUACUCUGGAACUGUCUGUAUCUCGAACUUCCAAUCUCAGACUAUGGCCAAAACUUUUGAGGUUACUGAGUUGCCAGUUAGGUCAGCCAAGUUUAUUGCACGCAAACAGUGGGUUGUUGCUGGAGCAGAUGAUAUGUUUAUUCGUGUAUAUAAUUACAACACAAUGGAUAAAGUCAAAGUAUUUGAGGCACAUACAGAUUACAUCCGGUGUGUGGCUGUUCAUCCUACACUUCCUUAUGUGCUGUCAUCAUCUAACGAUAUGCUUAUUAAGCUUUGGGAUUGGGAAAAAGGCUGGGUUUGUACCCAGAUAUUUGAGGGACAUUCUCAUUAUGUCAUGCAAGUAACAUUUAAUCCUAAAGACACAAACACCUUUGCUAGUGCAUCUCUUGAUCGCACCAUAAAGAUAUGGAAUCUUGGCUCCCCUGAUCCUAAUUUUACAUUGGAUGCCCAUCAGAAAGGUGUGAAUUGUGUUGAUUACUUUACAGGUGGUGACAAACCUUAUCUGAUCACUGGCUCUGAUGAUCACACUGCCAAGGUAUGGGAUUAUCAGACCAAAGGUUGUGUCCAGACCCUUGAAGGUCACACGCACAAUGUUUCCACUGUGUGCUUUCAUCCAGAGCUUCCUAUAAUAAUUACUGGUUCUGAGGAUGGUACAGUACGAAUAUGGCACUCUACCACUUAUAGGCUUGAGAACACAUUGAACUAUGGUCUUGAAAGGGUUUGGGCCAUUGGAUAUAUGAAAGGAUCACGUCGCAUUGUGAUUGGCUAUGAUGAAGGGACUAUUAUGGUUAAACUUGGUCGAGAAGUACCCGUGGCUAGCAUGGACAACAGUGGAAAAAUUAUUUGGGCUAAGCACCAUGAAAUUCAAACUGUCGAUAUAAAAAGUGUAGGAGCAGAUGUGGAGGUUGAUGAUGGAGAAAGGUUACCCUUGGCUGUUAUUGAGUUGGGCACUUGUGAUCUCAACCCACAAAACUUAAAGCACAACCCAAAUGGGAGAUUUGUUGUUGUAUGUGGAGAUGGUGAGUAUAUUAUAUACACUGCAUUGGCAUGGAGAAAUGGGUCUUUUGGUUCAGCUCUCGAAUUUGUUUGGUCUUCUGAUGGAGAGUAUGCUGUCAGAGAAAGCACGUCAAGGGUCAAAAUUUUCAACAAAAAUUUCCAGUUGGAGUCUAAAUAUGGGUAAUUCAGGAGAAGAGGAGUGUCCGACCAACAUUUUCAGCAGAACGAAUUUUUGGAGGCACUUUAUUGGCGAUGUGCUCAAAUUAUUUUCUCUGCUUUUAUGAUUGGGC